UGACACAAUGAAACGCACAAUGAGGAGCUUCACUUUGACAACAGCUUUACUUCUCUGCAACCUCAGCUGGAUCUCUGUCUCAGGUUCUGAGUCUCACACUGUGGAGGUCCAGCCUGGUGAAGAAGUCACACUGACGUGCACCAACAUUUCCAGCAGUCCAUGUCAGACCGACUGGUUCAGACUGAUCAACAGAACCAAGCCCAGCUGCAUCUCCUCCAUGUACGGGGCUGAUGGUGAAGCUUCGUUCUGUGAUGGAUUUCAAAGUGGAUUUGAAAUGAGCUCCAACAUCUCCACUGUCUUUCUUAAAAUCAAGCGAGUGGAUUUAUCUGACUCUGGAGUGUAUUUCUGUGGAUUCUACAAAGACAAACAUACAGUCAUCGGCGAUGCAACACAUUUGAAAGUUCAAGGUAAUGGUGAAUCAGACGGUGACCAGGAUUUUGAGACUGAAAAGGAGCCUGAUGGAAUGACAAACCUAAUGAGUGUGAUCCUGGGUGGUGUGACUGUUCUCCUCACUGUAGUCGUCAUUGCUCUGGCUGUUAAAAUCAGAAAACUUCAGAUAGCUGAAAAUGAAGAACUGCAUCCGGAAAGAAACAAGAAUCCAUGCACUGACGACCUGAACUCUGCAGCACUGAGGUUCCUUCCAGAGACAAUAAGGAACAGGAGGCCUGAAUCAGAGAGAGAAGUGGAGACUCGCGUCAUUUACACCGCCAGCAGAUAGACUCGGGAAGCAACUGUAACUGCAACUCUCAGUGUAACAUUGCAACUUUUUUUUUUAUAAAGUUCCUAAACUGGUCAGUUCAUCUUUGUUUCUUUUUUAUUUUGUCUGCCUCCAUUUUUUCAUUUGACAGGGACAAGAACAUAAUUGAUGAGGGGAAGACAAAAGGGACACUGAUGACUGUUAAACUUACUCAUAUGGAGAGUCAAAUGGUUUGUCAGGGGGAGGGAGAAAUGAGUGAGAUAUCCCCUGACAGGAAGAGACAGCUCAGUGUGGUCUGAGCACAGCUAACAUCAAAGUCACAAGGCCAAGUUAGUAAAAUACAAAAAAGAAGCUGACUACUUUGUUUGUUUUUUUUGUUUUGUUUUUUUUAACAAAAUAUCAACAUUUAUUUGUAUAUAUUUGGAAAUACAUAAUAAUAGAAUGAACCAGCACCUAAUGGUGACAAACUGUCUGCAUGAUAAAGUCUCCACCACAGGAAGACUUCAUGACCACAAAAAUCAAACAACUUGUUGUUUUUAAAGCCUAAGUAAUGCUACUAAAGUUGUCAUCACUUCACUACUGCCCAUUGUCACCUUCUUCAAAGCCAUGUUGUACAGUUUACUGUUAUCUUUCAUUCUAUUUGCAUGCAGCAAGAACUGUAUCGA